AUGACAGAUCAUGUCACCGAUCUCGAUGAAACGCUACAUACGGAUAAUGAUGGAGAAAAAUGUGUCAAAUCUGAAAAUAGACGAUAUAGAAUAAUUAAACCCGGUGGUUUUGGUAAACCAAGUGUUUAUCAUGGACUCGUUGUAAUCUUUCUUGAAUUUUUUGCAUGGGGUCUUCUUACGAAUCCAGUUAUUUCGACACUCAAUCGAACAUUUCCAACUCAUACAUUUCUAAUGAAUGGCGUCAUUCAUGGAGUAAAAGGUUUAUUAACAUUCUUAAGUUCACCAUUACUUGGUGCCUAUUCGGAUGUAUGGGGAAGGAAAUCAUUUUUACUGAUUACAGUCUUUUUCACAUGUUGUCCAAUUCCAUUAAUGAAAAUAAGCCCAAUGUGGUAUUUUGCAUUGAUUAGUAUCAGUGGUCUUUUUUCUGUGACAUUCAGCGUUGUUUAUUCAUAUGUUGCGGAUGUAACUGAUGAAAGUUCCAGAAGUACUGCAUAUGGUCUAGUAACAGCAACAUUUGCUGCAUCACUAAUUACAAGUCCAGCUAUUGGUGCUCAUUUAGCAAGACUUUAUAGUGAAAAUUUUGUUAUUGCACUUGGUACAGUAGUUGCUAUUCUUGAUUUAAUAUAUAUCUUUUUUGUUGUACCCGAAUCAUUGCCGGAACGAUUACGAACAGAUCAAAAAAUAUCUUGGGAUAAAAUUGAUCCAUUUGCAGCUCUUAGAAAUAUUACAAAUGAUCGUUUUAUUUGUCUUAUUUGUCUUAUUGUUCUUUUAUCUUAUCUUCCCGAAGCAGGACAAUAUUCAUGUUUUUUUGUUUAUUUACGAUUAAUGCUUGCAUUUUCAGAAGAUGAAAUAGCUUAUUUCAUUGCAUUUGUUGGUAUUUUUUCAUGUAUUGCUCAAACAGCAUUAUUAGCUUGUUUACAACGUUAUUUUGGUUCGAAAGAAACAAUUAUGGUUGGAUUAUUUUUUCAAAUUGUUCAAUUAGCAGCUUAUGGAAUAGCUACAUCAAAUUGGGUGAUGUGGUUUGCCGGUGGUUUAGCAGCAUUAUCAUCUGUAACUUAUCCAUCUAUAAGUGCAUUUGUUUCUAUUUACGCUAAAGAUAAUCAACAAGGUCUUGUCCAAGGUAUGGUUAAUGGUGUACGUGGUUUAUGUAAUGGUCUUGGUCCAGCUCUAUUUGGUUUUAUUUUUUAUUUAUUUGAUGUUAAUUUAAAUGAAUCAGUACCAACAGUAACAUCAACAAUGUCGACAUCUGCAAAUCGUACAACAAUACAUAUUAGUGACAAAUUAAAUUAUUCAUCAAUGCUUAGCCGUGAUGUUCCCGGUCCUCCAUUCCUUUUUGGUGCUUUACUUGCCACUAUUGGAUUAAUGUUUUGUUUACUUUUACCUAAUUCCAAACCAGAUUCAAAUGAAUUUUAUGUUGAUACAAGAAUUAUUGAACAGAAAGCUCGUUUAUUAGAUAUUGAUAGUGAUUCUAAUGACAAAAAUUCAACUUGA